AUGCGUGGGAUAAGAAAACUUAACUCUAUCCCCUGUGACUGCAGAGUGGCCAUUCCAGCUGCUCCAGGCUCCAGCAGAGGAAGACCGGGUCAGGUGGCACCACCAGGGGGGCUCUCAGGCCUGGCGCGCACGCAUUAGAGGCAACCAGACCAUGCUCCGCCGUCUGGGCGCCCAAACUGCAGUCGCCCUCUGUGUGCAGGCAGCAGCUACCUGCCAACCCCCGAGCCCGCUCGCGCUCCCAGCAUCGCAGAACCAGGGCCAAGUGUCCCAGUGGCUGCGGCCAAGCCAGGCAUUCUGCACGGCGGCGGCUGCACAGGAGCAAGAACUGAGAACCCGCUGCUCAAACCCACACGGGGUGACUGCCGAGUGCCCAUGCCGGAGGCCCCGAUCUCCCUCAGAUGGAGUGGGCGGGAGGCAUGGCCUGGGGGCCCUCAGGCUGGGCGCGCUGGAGAUCCCGAGGCCGACCAGGCCAUGAACCUACAGCCCACCUGGGCACCCAAGCUGCAGCCGCCUUCUGUGUGCAGGCAGCAGCCUCCAGGCAACUCCCGAGCCCGCCGGCACUCCCCACAUCUCACAACCAGGGCCAGAUGUCCCUGUGGCUGCGGCCAAGCCAGGCGGUCUGCCCUGCAGCAGCUGCACAGGGGCGGGAACCGGCCCUCAGCCCCAUCCCCGGUGGCUACAGAGGGCCCCUGGCUAGAGGUCUCGAGCUCUGGCAGAGGAGGAGCCGGGCGGGGGCAGGGUCUGGCGGGCUCUCAGGCCAGGGGCACUCGCGAUCCAGAGGCCGCCCAGGCGGUGCUCCACCGCCUGGGCACUCAGCUACAGGCGCCGGGCAACUCCCAAGCUGGUUGGCGCGCCCUGCUUCGCAGAACCGGGGCUAGAUGUCGCCGCGGCUGUGGCCAACCCAGGCGGUCUGCCCGGCGGCGGCUGCACCGGGGCAGGAAGCGACCCUCAGCCCCAUCCCCGGUGGCUGCGGACGGCCCCUGGAGCGGCCCUGAUCUCUCUUCGGAGGAGGAGAGGGGCGAGAGUCACGGCCAGGCCGGCCCUCAGGCGGGAAGUAAUGGGCGCCUGCGGUUCCGGGACGUCCCGCGGGAGCCCAGGAAAACCCGCAAGCCAGGGGCGCCUGCGCCCGAGCUGCAGCCGCCCUCUGCUGGCCAGGCGUGCUCGAGAGCGGCUUCCGGAGUCCGGGCUGGCGCUGAGCUGCAGGCGCGCGCCUAA